ACUGCUGUACAAGAAGUGUGACCGGUCCAACUGUAACAACUACAGGGGGAUUUCGCUACUAUCUCACGUAGGCAAGGUCCCCAUCAAGAUCAUCACCAACCGUCUAAGCGCCUUCUGCGAAGCCAACAGCAUCCUCCCGGAGGAACAGUGCGGAUUUCGACCCGGGCGACCCACCGUCGACAUGCUGUUCGUCGUGCGCCGCCUCCAGGAGCUGGNGGCAAGCAUCCUCCCGGAGGAACUGUGCGAAUUUCGACCCCUUCGAUCCACCGUCGACAUGCUGUUCGUCGUGCGCCGCCUCCAGGAGCUGGGGCGGAGAAAGGAAAGACCGCUCUACAUGUGCUUCGUCGACUUGAACAAGGCGUAUGAUUCGGUGGACCGACAGAUGCUAUGGAAGGUGCUGGUCAGGGCCGGGAUUCCAGCGAAGCUGAUCGAAGUCAUCCGCCAAUUCCACGAUGGAAUGCGGGCCCGGGUGCGCAUGGACGACGGAGAACUAUCGGACUGGUUCUUCGUGACACAGGGCGUGCGACAAGGAUGUGUGCUAUCCCCACUGCUGUUCAACAUCUUCUUCGCCGAGGUCCUCGAGGGCCGGGAUUCCAGCGAAGCUGAUCGAAGUCAUCCGCCAAUUCCACGAUGGAAUGCGGGCCCGGGUGCGCAUGGACGGCGGAGAACUAUCGGGCUGUACUAUCGGGCGUGCGACAAGGAUGUGUGCUGCUGUUCAACAUCUUCGUCGCCGAGGUCCUCGAGACCGGUGUCAUCCGAUUCAGCGAGGAUGAUGUUGUUCUGCGGAGCCUGGUGUGCUNAGUUCGGAGAGUUCGGGCUGACGGUGUCGGAGAAGAAGACGGACACGCUCCUGAUGCGCGAGAAGGACAAGCCGACUACAACAUCACAGCCGCCCCCGCCUCCACCGCUGACCAUCGAAGCCGCAGGACAGAAAUACGCCCAGACUACCGAGUUCCGGUACCUCGGUGGCCUCGUCAACGAACAUGGCGACCUCACCCGGAAGAUCAACUACAGGAGCAGAGGAGCGUGGGCGUGCCUCAGGCGGUAUGGCCGGGGGCUCUUCGAUAGACCGAAAGGGCCAUUCCGACUCAAGAUCCGCCUGCUCCAGGCGGAGGCGAUGGAGGCACUGCUGUACGGUUGCAUGACAUGGUCACCACUCAGCGGCCACUAUCAGACGCUGCGGUCGAUGCACCACCGACUGCUCCUUCGAGUGAUCGGGUACAAGCGCAAGAAAGAAACCUACCGGCAGCUCGCUUACGCCCAGACGCUGAAGAGGGUCGAAUGCCAGAGCGUUAAAGCCGCAAUCCGACAAAGACGCCUACUGUUCGCGGGAUCAUUGGCAAGGCAGCCGGACGGGCGACUCCCGAAACGGCUGAUGCUCGAUGAAGUGGCGGUGGGGGAGAAGCGACGGAGGGGAGGGACAGGAACAGAACUGGCCGAAGGAGCUGAGAGGUUCAUGACCUCCUGGCACGAGAAGGAAGAAGAGGCCAGCCGAUAA